CCCCACCGCCUCGCCGCUCCUGCGCACAGCUCCCGAAAGCGGCAAAAGUGACUUCAGAAUAAACACGUCCAGAAAUCACCCUCUAUGAAUCACUUACCUACUGAAAGAAACGUCCUGUGGGUUUAUAGGUUUUUAUCCAGGCUCUAGCUGUGGAAAAUCUCAGCAGAGAAUAAACGACAGAGAGUAAGUGCAUGCAGUGAAGGACAACAGAAGUGAACGGAUAUUUAGAGCAACAUCAAAGUCCUGAUUUGUUCCCUUGGAGCUGGAUAUUUCAAUAAAAGCUGCUAAGAAUUUGGUAUUUUCUGCCAAGUCCAGAAUUCAUCUCUCUCCUAUUUUGCUAUGGAGGAGGGAUCUGCUGAGGAGUUUCUCUUCAAAGACCAGGACUUCUCCUCCGAACUGCUGAGGCAGCUGAAUGCUCUGCGGCAGAGCGGGAUGCUGACUGAUGUUACCCUCUGCUCCAGGGGCUUCGAAAUCCCCUGCCACCGAAACGUGCUGGCUUCCAGCAGUCCAUACUUCAAGGCGAUGUUCUGUAACGACUUCAGAGAGAGUCGCCAGGCUAAAGUCAUCCUGAAGGGCAUCGACGCCGAGAUUUUGGAUCAGAUUAUCCUUUACGUUUACACAGGGGAGAUUCUUAUAUCUGCUGAGAAUGUCCUGUGCCUGUUGGAGACGGCCUCCAUGCUGCAGUACGCUAAGCUGUUUGAGGCCUGCUCUGCCUACCUCCAAGACAAGCUGACUCCUGACAACUGUCUGAGCAUGAUUAGACUGGCAAAAGUCUUGAACUGCCAAAGCCUGAAUAAGAAAGCCAAGGCUAUGGCUUUGAAAUGCUUUCCUGAGGUGGCCUCUUCUGACGACCUGAAGGACCUUUGUCCCUUGGAGCUCAUCGAUUACCUUGGGGACGAUGAGCUCUGUGGGGAGGAGGAGCAGGUCUUUGAGGCACUGAUGGUCUGGAUCCGGCAUGACCUCCAGGCAAGACAGGGCUACAUCCAAGAGUUGUUCAAGAAGGUCCGGCUUCAGUACGUCCAUCCAACUUUCCUCUUCCACUUCAUUGCCAAUGACUCCCUCGUUCAGUCCUCACCCACUUGCAGGAGCAUACUUGAGUCAGCCCGGAGACAUAUGUUUUCCUUGUACAGCACCAACACUCCUGACAUCAAGCCCAUGCAGCAUGUUCCUCGCAGGUACUCCAACCAAGAGUUCCUCAUAGUCAUUGGUGGCAGGAAGGACAGCCAGCAGACGACGAGAGACGUCUUGCUCUAUGAUGACAAGACAAACCAAUGGCUAAGCCUGGCCAAACUUCCCGUGCGCCUGUACAAAGCCUCUGCAGUGAGCUUACACAGCAAUAUUUAUGUUCUGGGAGGGAUGCCUGUUAGCAAUAAGAAAAGCCCAGUCAGUGAUAAUAUUUACAUUUACUCCCUCAAACUCAAUCAGUGGAGGUUGGUUGAGCACAUGUUAGUUCCACGUUACUCCCACAGAAGCUUGGCAUAUAAAAAUUACAUUUUAUCAUUCGGUGGAAUUGGUGAAAAUCAGGAAAUCCUGAAUUCUGUGGAAAGAUAUGAUAGCGUCUACAACACCUGCGAGAGCAUGGCAAACAUGCCUGUUGCCGUCCUUCACCCUGCUGUUGCUGCCAAAGAUCAGAGGGUCUACCUCUUUGGGGGAGAAGACAUUAUGCAAAACCCUGUCCGGCUGAUCCAGGUUUACCAUGUGUCCAGGAAUACGUGGUUUCGUAUGGAGACCAGAGUGGUGAAGAAUGUCUGUGCACCAGCUGUCGUGAUUGGAGACCAGAUUAUCAUCGUAGGUGGGUACACCCGGAGAAUAAUUGCUUAUGAUACAAAAGGCAACAAGUUUGUUAAAUGUGCAGACAUGAGGGACAGACGAAUGCAUCACGGGGCCACUGUCAUCAAGAACAAGCUGUAUGUCACAGGAGGACGAUGUCUCACCGUGGACAAUGUCAUUGAGGACUUGGAUUCCCUGGACUGCUAUGAUCCAGAGACUGACACAUGGACACCAAGGGGAAAACUGCCACACAAACUCUUUGACCAUGGGUGCCUUACACUCCAGUGUGUCCCUUGUUCUAACCUUCUCUAAAUGACCUUCGGUACUUCCCAGGACGUUUUGUGCUUUCCUUCCCAGAAAGGACCCACCUUGCUCUGCAGAGAGCACAUGGGGAAUCCUCGUGCGGUCCCACAAACUCUUGACCUUGAAGGCACCAGCGGCAUUAGACAUUCCCCAAACGCUCUGCCAGAAAGGUCAUGAGCUUUGUGCUCAUGCUGUGUUCAGCUGACCAGUAUUGCACGUGGUGCUGCUAAGCCCAGCCCAGAGGCCUUACCCAGAGUCUCAGCAGAUAACAGGAAAAAGAUACUUGGUAAGAACCUGGUGCAGGAUUUGGCCUGGUACAGACUUUAAAAUGAAAGGUGAAUAGGAAUGCUGUUAUCUCCAGGGAAAGUAAGAUCUGGGUAACCUGCAUUUGUUAGCAUGCUAACUCAGUUGCAUGCCAUGGCCCUUUGCUGCUCGGUGCUGACCAAGCUUUCCAUUUCGAGCGGUGGGAGCAAUUAGAAUAGGAAUCCCCAAGCUCUAGUCUUGCAGCCAGCCCAGCAGCAGCUGCCUGCGUUAGCUAUGGCAGUCAUCUCACAAGAAAUAAAAUUUUAAUGUUGCUAACAUCAAAUUAGAAAUUAGGAAAAGGCUGAUGCUUUCAUCUGAAUUCUCACAUUGCGACAAGAUGCAGAUUUUACUUUUCUGAGCUGCCACUCUUUCACAGUGCAGGGAAGAUUAUUGUUCCAUCUGCCUGCUCUCCAAAGGAGCAGGAGAAUGUGGGAUGGAAAUGAAGAUUGUCUGCAUCUUCUUUUUUGAGGGAUCUUGUUUUGCAGGGAGCUUGCUUCUCCUUUUGCAUCAGGGAUAGCAGUGGGGUUAGUUAGGAAGGCCUUUGGCUGAUGGAAUUCCUGAAAUCUGGAAUAGCAGAGGCGACACAUGGAGGAAAGGGGAUGUAAAAGAGAAAAGGUAUUUGUGAGGAAAAAUUUUUUUUUCCCUUUCUCCUCUCUCCAAACCACUGGAAAACAAUGAUGAGAGAAAGCCAGUGACAGGAAACCAGCUUUCCAAGAAGAGCAAGUCUAAGUCUGCCACUUGGCAAAGCAGCUCUGGCUCCACCAAUAUUUUUGUGGGGUUCUGCCACUAAGUGCAUAUUUUUAAAGGGAGGGGAUUAAUCAUCAGAUACUGAACAGGCUGUGAACUGCUGUCAGGUCACCAGGCUUGGUAAGAUUGCUGAGAUAGCAAUCUUUAAAGAUAGCACUGAUGACCAUCAUCCAUAGAAAGGAUGGCAGAAACAACAACCCUUUUUCCUCAUAUUUGAAAGAAAGUGGGAUAUUUCUGAGGGUACGGGGUGGCAUGAGGAAACCACACUCAACCCUCCCCUUCACAGAAGGCUGCACAGCCAUAUGGUCACCACCAUGUUGCAGGACACCAUCUCCAACUGCUAAGAUUCCCUCCCAUAAGCCUGUAUCUGGGAGUGGAAGACCGACAGAAAUAGUUAACGAGGUGGGGGGCUGGGAAGAAGAAUUGUGUAUCAACUGCUGUUUUAACGAUGCAAAAUAAAAUGGUUGUUAUUGUUUGUAUGA